CUUGCGUUCUUUGUGCGGAACGGUCAAGCAGCCGCCUUUUAAUGAUGAUUCUGAGAUGUUUUCUCGUAAUCUUUCUCAGCGUAACGAACGCAUAUGACAAGUCUGAGAAAGGAAAGGGGCCAUACAAACAUCCUUUAGUCUGUACCAAAGCCCCAGACCACGGACCAUGCAGAGCGAAUGUGACGUAUUGGUUUUUCCAAGGAAAAUAUAGGGAAUGCAAGUUGUUCAAUUAUGGAGGCUGUGCCGGGAAUGGCAACCGGUUUUGGACCGAAAAGAAGUGCUACAAUAGGUGCGCGGCAGCAGAUAGAAGAAAACUUCUAUGCAGCGUACAACCAGAGCCUAAGCCCUGCAAUUCUACAUUCCAAGCGUGGUACUUCGAUGAUCGGGGCAAUGCCUGCCAUAGGUUGCCACGAGGCAUGUGCACAAGCAGCGUCAACAGGUUUCUGUGGUGCGAGAAAUGCAUGAGGAGAUGCAGUGUUCUUUCAGUUGAGGAUGCAAGGGAAACCUGCAGAAGAGAGUACAAAAUAAUGCAAGAAGAGGAGAAUUCGAUAAAACAAGGACACAGCCCUGCAUCAACAGCACCGGGAGUUGGUGCAACAGGAACUCUACCGAGACUACCAUCACCCGCAGCUGGGUUGCCAGCACUGACGCCACCUCUAGAAGGAGCAACACAGGGGCAACCAGAAAAUGUUCCUCGCCCUGUUGGACAGGUGCCUACCAUACCAGUAUUGGUAGUGCCAGUACCCACACCCGAUUUAGCAGGGAAAGUAGGCCAGUCAGGAAUAUUGCCACACGAGAACGGAGGGAUCAUGAGGGGCACAACAGGCGCUGCACCAGGAGCAGGUGGUAUAUUAGCAUCCUUAACACCCCAUGCACAACAAACAAAUGCACAGGGCGGAACCUUUCUUGGCGGUUUACAUGUAGUUAGCCCCACAGCCGAAGGUUCAGGGUCUUUAUCCGAGACAAACAGCUUGGAAGGUGGUAGCCCUGGACGUGUACUUGUGGUGGCUGUGGUAAAGCCAACAAAUAAAGAACACGAUAUAACUAGUCCAGAAAUGACUGAACAGUCAGGAGAAACAACAGAUGAGAAACCAGGAAUUAAAAGGCCUCCAUUUGGGCUACCUCGAAUAAAGUAGUACUAUUCAAGUACUACUGGAUGUUCAUAUUCAAAGAUCAUCCAGUAACAGUUUAUUUGAUCACUAUUAUUACCGUUUAUUACGUCAAAUAUUGCUAAUGCUUUCACAGAAGAGGUGCACAUACAGAAAUGAGAUCCUUUGUCGCACGUCGACAGUAUAUGUGAAUGCACCCGAUGUGUCUAAAAUUGACUUGAGCAGACGCAGAGCAGCCUUUUGAAAAAUACAUUACAAAAGGUAAUUAAAAUUCAUUAAAUAAAUAAUUACUCAUUACAAAUUGUGAAUUUGAAAUAAAGGAAAUUUAGCAAAGUAAUACUUUCUUUUAUUUUCAUAUUAUAUUCGUAAUGGUGCAGCACGACGUACUCCAACGAACCUUAAAGCAUGAGCAGCAAAACUCGAGUAGGCCUACCACCCUUCCGAGCACGUGAGAGGCUAGGACGUGCAUAUGGAAAAUAAAUCACGAAAAAAAAACUUUCCAACGAAAAAAAAAUAAUUCUGGAGCCCUUUUUCUAUCGGAGGAAUGGGGUCGAGCGAAGCACAGCGCAAGCG